CUCUCGUCACCGCCGGCACCGGUCACAUGCCGGCACCCGACUGUCUCCGAACACCGCCGCCCGGCCGACACGUCGGACAUACGGCGAGGAUUCUACCAGUUACAAUGGGGAAAGGAUAACAAGUCUUCCCAAUUGCACACUACCCACAAACAUCUUUAUCGUCUCCACUCGUCAAAGUCAACCGGCGCACGCAACCCGACGACCAUGGCGUCCGCCGCCGCCACCCCCGACUCCGGCCGCGCCGCCCUCCUCAAGGCCUUCGACGAGUCCCGCACGGGCGUCCGCGGCCUCGUCGAGUCCGGCGUCUCCACCGUCCCGGACCUCUUCGUCCACCCGGACCCCUACGCCUCCGUCCCGCUCGCUCCACCCGGCGUCUCCAUCCCCGUCGUCGACCUCUCCCUCCCCGCGCCCGUCGCAGCCGCCGCCGCCGCGGCGGCCGCCCGCGACUGGGGCUUCUUCUACCUCGUCAACUACGAGGCCCUCGUCCCCUCCGACUACCCCGCCAAGGUCCUCACCGCGGUGCGCGCCUUCCACGAGCUCCCCGCCCCCGAGCGCGCCACGCACUACGGCCGCGCCAUGGGCGGCGGGGUCUCCUACUCCUCUAACGUAGAUCUGUUCCGCUCCCCCGCCGCCAGCUGGCGCGACACCAUCCAGCUGGGGUUCGGGCCUGCGCGGCCCGACACAGAACGCAUCCCGCCGGUGUGCCGCUCGGAGAUCCUCGAGUGGGAAGCGCACACCACCGCGGUCGCCCGCGCCGUCAUGGCGCUGCUCUCCGAGGGGCUCGGGCUCGGGGACGCGACGCUGGAGGAGGCCUCGUGCCUGGAAGGGAAGGUCAUGGUCUGCCACUACUACCCCGUCUGCCCCGAGCCUGAUCGCACCAUGGGAUUGGUCCCGCACACCGACCCCGGCGUGCUCACCGUCCUUGCGCAGGAUGGCGUCGGCGGCCUUCAGGUGAAGCACACCAAUGAGGACGGCGAGAGCUACUGGGUGGAUGCGAAGCCCGUGCCAGGCGCACUUGUGAUUAACGUCGGGGAUCUAUUGCAGAUAAUGUCCAAUGAUAAGUACAAGAGUGUGGAACACAGGGUGGUAAUGAAUUCAUGUGAAGAAGCCAGAGUAUCUGUUGCUGUCUUCUUCAAUCCUGGGAAGAGAGGGGACUCAGUGUUUUAUGGACCGUUACCAGAGCUAGUUUCUUCAGAAAACCCACCAAAGUACACGAGUUUCACCAUGUCCGAAUUCUUAGGGGCCUUCUUUAAACGAGACCUUGCCAGCAAAGCUCUCAUUGAGCACUUCAAGUUGUAAGAUUAUUGGUUGUCAAAUAGUGAUUAACUUUACAUACAUGUAACUAUGUAACCAUCUCACUGUCAGUGACGGUUUCUGAUAAUGCAAGACAGUUGUUCUUACUGGGCUAA